AUGAGCCGACAUCCAAUUGUAAAGUGGGCACAGAGGUCGGACAAACUAUUCAUUACUGUGGAGCUUCCGGAUGCCAAAAACGUGAAGCUCAAUCUUGACCCGGAAGGAAAGUUCUUCUUUUCAGGCACAAGUGGUGCGGACAACAUACCGUAUCAGAUAGAUAUCGAUUUGUACGACAAGGUUGAUGUCGAUGAAAGCAAGGCUAGUGUUGCGUCUAGAAAUAUAUGCUAUCUUGUGAAGAAGGCUGAGAGCAAAUGGUGGACCAGGCUUCUAAAGCAGGAGGGGAAACCCCCCGUUUUUCUGAAAGUUGAUUGGGACAAAUGGGUCGAUGAAGACGAACAAGAUGGACAGACUGGUGGUGAUAUGGACUUUGGCGACUUUGAUUUCUCGAAGCUUAACAUGGGAGGAGCUGGGGAUUUUGGUGAUGACCUUCCAGGUGGUGGUGAAGAUGAUGAGAGUGAAACUGAUGACGAGAACAAGGGAGAAGCUAAUGUUGGACGGGAAGCAGCACCUGCUUAG